AACACGGCAACGAUGGCGUCGUUUGACUCGUGGCAGUCGCCGCUGGCAGGCCGCUAUGCCUCCAAGGAGAUGUCGGCCAUCUUCUCAAACGGCACGCGCUUCAGCACCUGGCGUGCCCUCUGGCUCAACCUCGCCAUUGCGGAGAAGGAGCUGGGCCUGCCCAUUCCCGACGCCGCCAUCGCAGAGAUGCGUGCCAACCUGCUGCUCGACGAGGCACAGAUGCAGGCGGCGGCCCAGGAGGAGAAGAAGCGCAGACACGACGUCAUGGCCCACGUGCACGUCUUUGGCUCCGUCUGCCCCACGGCCGCGCCGUUCAUUCACCUCGGCGCGACGUCCUGCUACGUCACCGACAAUGCGGACCUGAUCUUCCUGCGGCGCGCCAUGGAUCUGCUGCUGCCCAAGCUGGCCCUCGUGAUUGAGCGGCUGGCCGUGUUUGCGGACAAGUACAAGGCACUGCCCACGCUCGGCUUUACGCACAUGCAGCCGGCACAGCUGACGACGGUGGGAAAGAGAGCGACGCUGUGGAUCCAGGAGCUGCUGUGGGAUCUGCGCAACAUGAAGCGCGCGCGCGACGACUUGGGCUUCCGCGGCGUCAAGGGCACGACUGGCACGCAAGCCUCCUUCCUCUCCCUCUUCGAUGGCGACCACGACAAGGUGGAGGCGCUGGAUGAGCGCGUGACUGCCCUCUUCGACUUUCCCUACGCCAUGCCCGUCACGGGCCAGACGUACUCGCGCAAGAUCGACAUUGACGUCUUGGCGCCGCUCGUCUCCUUUUCCGCCAGUGCGGCAAAGAUGGCGACGGACAUUCGCCUGCUCUGCCAUCUCAAGGAGAUUGAGGAGCCGUUUGAGAAGGACCAGAUUGGCUCGUCGGCCAUGGCGUACAAGCGCAACCCGAUGCGCUCGGAGCGCGUCUGCUCCCUGGCGCGCUGGCUCGGCAACAUCUACGGCAAUGCGCGCGAGACGGCCAGUGUGCAGUGGAUGGAGCGGACACUGGAUGACUCGGCGAACCGCCGUCUCUCGAUUCCCGAGGCCUUCCUGACUGCCGACGUGCUCCUGACGCUGCUGCAGAACAUCAGCGAGGGCCUCGUCGUGUACCCGGCCAUCAUUGCGCGGCGCAUUGCCGGCGAGCUGCCGUUCAUGGCGACGGAGAACAUCAUCAUGGCCAUGGUGCGCGCCGGCGGCGACCGGCAGGUGUGCCACGAGAAGAUUCGCGUCCUCUCGCACCAGGCGGCCCAGGUCGUCAAGGAGCAGGGCGGCGAGAACGACCUCAUCGAGCGCGUGCGCAGCGAGCCGUACUUUGCGCCCAUCGUGCCGCGCCUCGCCGAGCUGCUCGACCCAAAGAGCUUCACCGGACGCGCGGAACAGCAGGUCGACAGCUUCCUGCGAAAGUGGGUCAACCCCGCCCUCGAGCCGUACCGCCAGGGCUUCGCGGGCGCAGCAAAGGCAGAUCUGGCCGUCUAA